AUGGCAUCUCUGCAGGCUGCCCAAGGGGCCGUGGACAGGGCAGACUUCUUGCCGACAGAAACAGCCCCCACAUCUGCAUAUUCAUCUCCGGCCCGGAGUCUGGGAGACACCGGAAUAACGCCACUGUCCCCUUCCCAUAUUGUGAAUGACGCUGACCCGAAUGUCUCGGAGCAGCAGACGUUUCUCGUGGUGGUGGCCAUUGACUUUGGGACCACGUCCAGUGGCUAUGCCUACAGCUUCACCAAGGAGCCAGAAUGUAUCCACGUGAUGAGGCGAUGGGAAGGAGGCGACCCUGGGGUGUCCAACCAGAAGACCCCAACCACCAUCUUGUUGACCCCCGAGAGGAAAUUCCACAGCUUCGGGUAUGCCGCCAGGGACUUCUACCAUGACCUGGAUCCCAACGAGGCCAAGCAGUGGCUGUACUUGGAGAAGUUCAAGAUGAAGCUGCAUACCACUGGGGACCUCACCACGGAUACAGACCUAACGGCAGCAAAUGGCAAGAAAGUCAAAGCCCUUGACAUCUUCGCUUAUGCCCUGCAGUACUUCAAGGAGCAGGCGCUGAAGGAGCUGAGUGACCAGGCGGGGUCGGAGUUCGAGAACUCUGAUGUCAGAUGGGUCAUCACAGUGCCUGCCAUUUGGAAACAGCCCGCCAAGCAGUUCAUGAGACAAGCUGCCUAUCAGGCAGGCCUGGCCUCCCCGGACAACACGGAGCAGCUCAUCAUCGCCUUGGAGCCCGAGGCGGCCUCCAUCUACUGCCGGAAACUGCGGCUGCACCAGAUGAUUGAGCUGAGCAGCAAGGCCGCGGUCAAUGGGUACAGCUCCAGUGACACAGUGGGAGCUGGGUUUGCACAGGCUAAGGAACACAUACGGCGUAAUCGGCAGAGUCGGACCUUUUUGGUGGAGAAUGUCAUAGGAGAAAUCUGGUCCGAGCUGGAGGAAGGUGACAAGUAUGUGGUCGUGGACAGCGGCGGUGGCACCGUAGACCUGACUGUCCAUCAGAUACGGUUACCGGAGGGACACCUUAAAGAACUGUAUAAAGCAACAGGCGGACCCUAUGGAUCCUUAGGAGUAGAUUAUGAAUUUGAAAAGCUUCUGUGUAAAAUAUUUGGAGAGGAUUUUAUCGAACAAUUCAAAAUCAAGCGUCCUGCGGCCUGGGUUGACUUAAUGAUUGCAUUUGAGUCUCGUAAAAGGGCGGCUGCCCCAGACCGAACUAACCCGCUGAACAUCACCCUGCCCUUCUCCUUCAUCGACUACUACAAGAAGUUCCGUGGACACAGUGUGGAGCACGCUUUGAGGAAGAGCAAUGUGGACUUUGUGAAGUGGUCCUCUCAAGGGAUGCUGAGGAUGAGUCCAGAUGCCAUGAAUGCCCUUUUUAAGCCAACCAUUGACAGCAUCAUUGAGCAUCUCCGGGACCUGUUUCAGAAGCCCGAGGUGUCCACUGUCAAGUUCCUCUUCCUGGUGGGAGGCUUUGCGGAGGCGCCCCUGCUUCAGCAGGCAGUGCAGGCUGCCUUCGGGGACAAGUGUCGCAUCAUCAUCCCGCAGGACGUGGGCCUCACCAUCCUCAAGGGCGCCGUGCUCUUCGGCCUGGACCCUGCCGUCAUCAAGGUGCGCCGGUCGCCCCUUACCUAUGGGGUGGGCGUGCUGAACCGCUAUGUGGAAGGCAAGCACCCGCCCGAGAAGCUGCUGGUGAAGGACGGCACUCGCUGGUGCACUGAUGUCUUUGACAAGUUCAUCUCCGCCGACCAGUCGGUGGCCCUGGGGGAGCUGGUCAAGCGUAGCUACACCCCGGCCAAGCCUUCCCAGCUGGUCAUCGUCAUCAACAUCUACAGCUCUGAGCACGACGAUGUGAGCUUCAUCACCGACCCGGGGGUGAAGAAGUGCGGUACGCUCCGCCUGGAUCUCACAGGGACCAGCGGCACAGCCGUGCCCCCCCGGAGGGAGAUCCAGACCCUCAUGCAGUUUGGGGACACAGAGAUCAAGGCCACAGCCAUCGAUAUAGCCACCUCGAAGAGUGUCAAGGUUGGGAUUGACUUCUUGAAUUACUAACGGACUCUCCUGCCGCUUGCCCUGCCCUUGGACUCUGCUCACCUGCAUCUGCUGACCUCAACCCUGACUGUUCUUUCCCUGUCCUUGACCCUCAGCAUCACCCGCCUGGAUUUCAGCAAGGAAGAUGGGAACCACCAGGGCUAGAAAUAAUUAGGGAUUUUCGAGGGCACACUGGAGUCAGAACAAGUGUCAGAAAUUGAGAUGGAGGUUUGGGAAUAAGAAAUCUGAGGAUCCUGGGAGAGCAACUAGUUUUUGUAGGUACAAAGUGGUGGGACCCCCACCCACCAAGGGAAUCGGUCCGUUUCUGCAGCAGUGAUUCAGCUAAGCAGGACUCAGGAUGCCCUAUCGCUGUCUUUCUAGAUUGGAAAUGAGAUCUCUGAGCCAGGAGGAGAUUCUUCAUCUAUUUGAGACGUUUCUUUGCACACUUCCUGGGGGACGGCAGUCAAUAUAAAGUGCCACCCAUCUGCAGCUGAUUUCUUGUCAUUAUCAUGUGAUUAAAUGUGGUGAUUCAGCAGGAGCUGGGAGCAUUUUCAGCUGGUGGGAGAAGACUGCCCACGCGGGGCACUAUUUUAGGUUCUCAUGAUUUGAAUUCUGAAUAGGCUCAGUGAGGAGUAACGACAGCCGGCUCAUCGACUAGGACUUGAGUUAGUGGGAGAGCAGGCACCUUAACUUUUCCGCAGGUGAAUACUUGCUUCAAGGGAAAUGGAUAUUAAGGCACUGCUGACUUAUCCCAAAUCAUAUGCUGCGACAUCAUUCCCUGGAUGCCAGAUUCUGACUUCUGAACUCCUAAGUAAUCCGCAUUAACCUUAGUAGGAUUCUGGGUCAGGAAAGGAGCCUGUAGAAUGCCUUGUUCACAUCAGCCAUCCCACGAGUCUGGAACAGCCCCUCACCUUGACAGGCGAACGUAUUUUAAAUUAACUCCCUCUUCACCCUCAUCUAACAGAGCGUUUCAGCCACGUAGUCCCACAUUUCAGAACGAAUACACUGGUGAUACCUGGACAGAGAAUCUGCACUGUGAAAUGUUUCACUGGAAUCUUCAGGGUUUUUUUUUUUUUUUUUUAAGUGUAUCUCAAAGGAAUUCCUAGAUCUGUACUUGACGAAUUCAGCCAGGUCUUUUUCAAAGCAGAUUGUAUCUGUGGGUUGUCCUCGUGGUUCCUGGAUCCUUUUCCUUUUACAAAUGGAAGCUGGGGUUUGGGGAAGGGGGACCAGCAUCUGCAUUUUCUUUCAGAGGCCACCACAGGGGACUGUGGUCCCGUGGGAGUCUGGCUACUCCUGACUUUAGGUUUUGUUGCAAGCUGAAUUACUGACCCUCAGUGCCUACAGUCUUCUAGUUUGGGGCUCCCUUACGGAGAGGGUUUACAAGUGAAGAGCCGGGGUCCCACAGUUUGCCCUUUGUGCACCGGGGCGAAGGCUCCUCCUGGCUUUUAGGGCUCGCAAGAAGGGCCUGUGAGGGAAAAAGGUUGGAAGGAGGCACCCCGAGAACGGCCCCGAGGAACCCCCUGGCUUGUCUGCUGGGACUCAUUCUGAUUUUAAAUCCCUGGAGGCAUGCAUAAUGAAUGAACCCAGGAUGAGCUGAGGAACUAACUUCAAAUGCAAGCUGGAUUCACCAACCCCAUUAUGUCGCCAAUAUGCAGAUUUGACACUGCUUUUCCAAUGUCUUUGGAACACAUCUCGCUCCCACGGCCUGCCAGCCUGGCCUGCCGCAGAAUUCCCUGCUCCAAUGUGAAACUCGAACAAAGCACCGAAUUAGAGAAUGCUGCUCACGUGACUUAGUAGCGGGAGCUCUCGUCCAGGCACAGAGGUGUGUUUGCUGGGCUUCUCUUCUGCCUGCUCUGCUUCAAAAGCUAAAUGUUCUGGGUCUUUCUUUGAUGUUGCCAGCCAUACUCUACAAAUAAGACUUUUCAAUUUAGUUAUAAGUAAUAUAAUUUUAUGUACAUACAAUAUUAGAAUAUUGUACAGAAUCUUUAUUUCUACAAUGUGCUUUUCUUGUUUAAAAAAAAAAGGAAAAUGCUCUUUGAAUUUUAUUGAUGACACUGCUGCCUUUUAAUUUCCCAUGGCUUUAUUUUUUAAUUGCACUUACUUAUCAAUCUGUACCGAUCCUAAGCUAUGGACUGCGUUUGCAAGACCGAGCAAUAGUCAGAGGUGCCGAGGGUCAGAAUACUCCAGAAAAAGGGACACCAUCUGGAUGAACGGCUUCGUCAGAACUUGCUCCACUCACAUCCUUCCCAAAGGCUCACAGUUUAUAUUUAAAGGAGCAUAAUAAUGUAUCGCUUCCCCUGUCCAGUCUUCGAGAGCUGAACAUUCUGGUUCUAUAAGCAACAUGACUGUGCAGAAAAACCUACGAACACUCUCUGUGUCCCUGCAGGGUUUAUCAACUUCUGGUGGGGCAGAGCGGUCACUCUGAGGGCAAAGUGGGGUCCUUGUGCAGUGAUGUCAGGAUGAGAGGGUUACACAGAAGGAAUCAAGUGGUGCACAAAUCCAGCCUUUCUGCUGGAUUAAGUGUGUAAGUAAUUUAGUCAAGUCUUUCUUUUCGGCCAUCGUAAGGCCUUCCCACCUUGCAUCAGGCAUGUCUCCUUGUCUACGACUUCUCUUCAGUGAGUUGGUUGAAAUCUGUCUGUUGGCAGAUAGGUGGUGGAGAGGGAGGGAUACCUUUACUGGAACUUUCUUCUGGCCCCAGAAAUGCAGCUCCAAUUGUCAACCUCAUUAAAGGGAAUCCCCAAAUCCAUUCUCCCUCUCCCUCCUCCCCAUGAAAUAACAUAUUCUAGAAUAAGAACACUGGCUAAAUACACUUGGACACGUUUUCUAAUCUUGGAAAGUUUCUAAAAGGCCUGUUGUCUUGACCAUCACUCAGUGGUCCCUGGCCAUAGUAUCUGAUCAUGUUUUGGAAGCAGAACUGUUGGAGAUUUCCUUUAUAACUGCCCUUUCUGUACACAGCAGGCAUUAAUAAAUGCUGAAUGACAGACGAGUGACAGAAAAGAUGGGCAAGAGAGGAGACAUACAGGCACUUUUGCAGAGUGAUGACUGAGUCCAGAUUACAGAGCCUGCCCUACCCCUAGGAUGUUAUUUAGAUCAAGUUUAGCUUCUAGAGUCUAGGUCUGGUUAAUUGCCAGGGUGGCAAAGAAUCGCAUGCAUCAAUAUACACAGGAGUCAAAAUGCAUAAUUAGUUGAAGAUCGAAUUUCACAGUCGUAGAGAUGAAGUAGCUGUGAUCGAGCUGCGUGUUUGUGCUGGGAAACGACUUACGGGGGUAACUAGUUUACAAGUCGUUGUCUGUUAGGUCACACCUCUCAUCUGCUUGGAAUAUGGAACUUUAUUCUAAAGCGUCAGCCAUCGGGGUCUCGUUCACUACAGGAUAAAUUCACACUCCACAGAACCUUGCAGCUGUCUGAACUUGACGAGAUUGUACCUGCAAACUCUGUCUUCACGGAUGUCUAAUAAAGCCAAAUUCUGGAUCUCGUGUGGCCCAA